CUGACUCUGAUAAACUGCCCCUUUUUAUGUCUCUGCAAUUUUUUUUGGCUUUCCUUCCUCUCCACUCGUACCUGGUCGGAGUCAAGAUCUAUUACAGGUAAAAGACAUUCGGCUCCGUGCCAUAGGUGCCCCUGUUCUGAUUCGAAGAUGAACGACACAGAUGUAUCGAAACAGAUCCAGCAGAUGGUGAGAUUCAUCCGCCAAGAGGCAGAAGAGAAAGCCAACGAGAUCACCGUCUCCUCCGAAGAAGAAUUCAACAUCGAGAAGUUGCAAUUGGUUGAAGCUGAAAAAAGGAGGAUCAGACAGGAGUAUGAGCGCAAAGAGAAGCAAGGAGAAGUUCGGAAGAAAAUUGAAUACUCUAUGCAGCUCAAUGCUUCUCGUAUCAAAGUUCUUCAAGCACAGGAUGACAUGGUUAACUCCAUGAAGGAGGCGGCAUCAAAGGAGCUCCUGCGUGUGAGCCAUGACGAACAUGUGUACAAGAAUCUUCUGAAAAACCUUAUUGUUCAGAGUUUGCUUCGACUGAAAGAGCCUGCUGUCCUAUUGCGUUGUCGGAAAGAUGAUCUAAGUUUGGUUGAAGCUGUUUUACCCUCAGCGAGUCUGGAGUAUGCAGAGAAAGCGAGUGUUCAUGAACCUGAAAUUAUUAUAGACCGUCAUGUCUAUUUGCCUCCUGCUCCUACCCAUCACCAUGCACAUGGACCUUUCUGCUCUGGAGGAGUUGUAUUAGCUUCUAGAGAUGGAAAGAUUGUGUGUGAGAACACCCUUGAUGCGAGGUUGGAUGUGCUAUUCCGCAAGAAACUGCCAGAGAUCCGUAAGUCGCUUUUUGGACAGGAUGCAGCAUGAUUGGUUGGAUGUUUUUGUGUCAUCACUUGCUCGUUUGAGAAUAUAAUUUUAAGAAUUUGCCCAUCAAUUUAGAAACUCUGUUCUAUUUGUUAUUGAACUCUUUUCCAUUUUCAAUUCCUUUGGAUCUUUAUUUAUUUUAUUGACAAGAUUGUUAUUUGCUCCAGUGCCCAUUGUGUCUGUUGACGUUUAGAAAACUCAGUUCUUAAUAGUUGUAAAAUGAAGUAAUCUAUAACUUAGUUUAAAUA